CGUCUCGUCGCUGUCUUAAGACACCCGGAGGCUGACCCGGGUUUGACCCGGAUCCGAUUCCUCAACAACCACCCAACUUUUUUCUCUUUCCCCUAAAAAAAACUUUCCUUCACUUUCCCGGGGGAAAAUAGGCGGCGCAAUUGGAAAAAUGUACUCGGCGAUUCUCGACGGCGGUGCGUACCAUGGACCUCUCGACGGAACUAAUCUCCCCGGAGACGCCUGUUUGGUGUUGACCACCGAUCCCAAACCCCGUCUCCGGUGGACGGCGGAGCUCCACGAGAAGUUCGUUGAAGCCGUCGCGGAACUCGGUGGUCCCGAAAAAGCGACGCCCAAAACUCUAAUGAGGGCAAUGGGAGUGAAAGGUCUCACACUCUACCACCUCAAAUCUCAUCUUCAGAAAUUUCGCCAAGGGAGGCAAGCUUGCAAAGAAUCAACUGAUAACUCCAACAAGGAUGCUUCUUGUGUUGGGGAGAGUCAGGACACAGGUUCAUCUUCACCCUCAUCAUUGAAACUGGCUGCUCAGGAACAGAACGAGAGUUACCAAGUCACUGAAGCUCUACGCGCUCAGAUGGAAGUCCAAAGAAGACUACACGAGCAGUUGGAGCAUGGGCAGGUGCAACGGAGACUCCAGGUAAGGAUAGAGGCACAAGGGAAGUACCUGCAGUCGAUUCUUGAGAAAGCUUGCAAGGCCUUUGAGGAGCAAGCUGCUAUGUAUACUGGGCUUGAGACAGCUAGGGAAGAGCUAUCGGAGCUAGCCAUAAAAGUCUCAAACAGCUCUCAAGGAGCAACAGUCCCCCCGUACUUUGAUUCAACAAAGAUGAUGAUGAUGAUGAUGCCAUCUUUGUCCGAGCUUGAAGUAGUAGGAAUAGACCACAAAAGCAACAUCACGACCAACUGUUCUGUUGAAAGCUCUCUGACUUCGAACACGAAUGGGAGCUCGGUGUCUGCUGCUGCAUCGAUGAAGAAGAGGCAUCGUGGAGACAAUGUCGCGUAUGAAGGGAGCUGGACUGUGCCUAGUAGUACCAUUGGAUAAAGUCUAGGUUACGAAGAAAUCAAUUUGAGAUAAGAUUCAACAACUCUUGUUUACUUGCUUUGGGAAGAUUGUAUUAUUCGAUGCAGAAUCUGUCGUUGUAUAUAUUUGAUGUUGAAGCUUUAAUUAGUGUUUCCUCUAA